UGGAGUGGUGGGGUGGUGGGAUUGUGGGGUCGUGCUCGUUGUUACUGUUGCUGCUGCCGCCUCGUCCGCCGGCAUGAUCGGGCAGAAGACCCUCCAUUCAUUCUUUUCCCCGAGCGCCCCCAGGAAGCGGCGCUCCAGCACCGAGACGCCUGCGGACGCCGGCACUGAGACGGUGGCGGAGAGCGAGGAUGCCUCGGCGAGGAAGGAGGUCAGCCCGGCCAAGAAGAGCCGGCCCGGAGACGAGACCGGCGCCCCCUCAUCGCCCCUGAGCCCCGAGCAGUUGGACCGGAUCCAGAAGAACAAGGCAGCGGCCCUGCUCAGACUCGCUUCCCGCAACGUCCCCGUGGGCUUCGGGGAGAGCUGGAAGCGAUCGCUUAGCGCGGAAUUCGGCAAACCUUAUUUCAUCCAGCUAAUGGGAUUUGUUGCAGAAGAAAGAAAGCGUCAUACCAUCUACCCACCUCCAGACCAAGUCUUUACCUGGACACAGCUGUGUGAAAUUAGAGAUGUGAAAGUUGUCAUCUUGGGGCAGGACCCAUAUCACGGACCCAAUCAAGCUCACGGACUCUGCUUUAGCGUCCAGAGACCUGUUCCACCCCCUCCGAGCUUGGAAAACAUGUAUAAAGAGCUCUCCACAGACAUAGAGGACUUUAUCCACCCUGGUCAUGGGGAUUUGUCAGGGUGGGCCAGACAGGGCGUUCUCCUCCUCAAUGCUGUGCUCACCGUGCGGGCACACCAGGCCAACUCCCAUAAGGAGAGAGGCUGGGAGCAAUUCACUGACGCUGUGGUGUCUUGGCUGAAUAAGAACCUGGACGGCCUCGUCUUCAUGCUCUGGGGGGCUUACGCCCAGAAGAAGGGCAUCUCCAUCGACAGGAAACGCCACCACGUCCUGCAGACUGCCCACCCCUCUCCGCUCUCUGUCCAUCGAGGGUUCUUUGGAUGCAGGCAUUUCUCCAAGACCAACGAGCUGCUCAAGAAGUCUGGCAAGACGCCCAUUGAUUGGAAAGCUCUUUGAACAGUUGGAGGCCGGCCAAGGAGGAUUCUGUCCAUCUCAGCUGCAGAAAGCUUUUUUGGGGGGCCUGGGGUGGGGGAUUUGUAGACAGCAAAGUCUAAUUGAGGAACACUUUCUAGGACACCUUUGGUGCCCAGGGGAGGGACAAGGAGCCGACAGAAAGACUGGUGGAAGGUGGCCUCGGGCCCAGAGUGUUGGCUCAAAAGCCAGGGCGUCCUGCUUUGGGACACACUUUCUAGAGAUGCUUCUCCUAGUACUGUUCUCAUUACCUCCCACUGCCUUUGUGGUCAGUGGAAAAAAUAGGCUCCAUUGUUCUGUGUGGCCUUAGUUUGCAUUUGGUAGCUCACCCUGUGCGGGUGAUCUACCCUGGCCCCUUGGGUCAUCAUGGAAUGGCUUGUCGUUUUAUUAAGAUGUGUUUUAAUUCCCUGUGUUCAGAAAGGAAAACAAAUUAGUUUGCACCACGAGAACUCUUAGGCCCUUGAGAUGUCUGCAGAAUUCCAUCUGGACGCUGUGAAGGGAAGAGGACAAAAUUGAGAGGGUCAAGAGGAGGGAGCUUUUGGAUAGUCUCCUGCUCUUGUUGAAAGGUCCAAAGGAUGGUUCUCCCUUUGAUGGGAUCCUUCAUGGAGAGUUCUGAGAUGGAAGAAGAGGAGAGGGUUUUGGUUCUUUUAACUGAGAUUCCACAUUUGAGAUAUUUGCUACUGAGUGUUUUUCAAAAUGUCAGCCACAAGUUGGCGAAGGAGAAAAGUUAUUAUAUUUUUUUCCUCGUCCCUUUUCCUGCUGAGAUGACAAUCCCUUGGUCACCAAGUUCUCAGGUAGCCCUAGAGUGCAAACUGAUCUUUCCUCUUGAGUAACAAUCUAGUGCCUUGGCAUUCUGGUAGACAGGCCUUGGUGAGAUGCUUCACAAUGUGUGUCUGUCAUUUUGAGGGCUAGGGGCUAAGAAUUUGAGGUUCCAGCAGAGAGGAGGGUAGAUUUUUUUUCUUCCGUGGAAAAAAAUUCCUUUAGCAUAAACUUGUCUCACAAUUGAGACUUUCUCAAGGCAGUUGCCAAUCACAUAAAACGAGAGACUUCAUUUUUUGUGGCCUACAAAACCAGUUUUACGUUUUUUGUAAUCUGAAAAGGUUUUGAUACUCUAUUUUUUUAAUCACGUUUGCAAGUAGACUUUUAGUUUUUUGUUUUUGUGUGUGGGGUGUGUGUGUAUAGGUGAUCCAUUAAUGGGAUGUCUUGUUAAGGCCAGCUCUGGCUUAUGCUGCUGUUGGCUGAU